ACAGGAUGUCAAUGUGGGAUGGUAUGCGUCUGUAUUUAAUCAGCACACAUAAGCCAACGUCAAUUAUAAAAUACAUUUUUCGAGCUAUCAAUAGCUGGAUUUCUGUGUAAUUACGAUGUUUCUGUGACAAUAAAUUAAAGUUUUGGUUUUAAACACAUGUUAGGUAUACAUUUCAAAUAUCAACCUAAAUCUUAGUCCUAGUAUUUGACGCUAAUCUCCACUACGAAAUAAUGUCUCUUAAUGACCUUUUUCUAUUAUGUUUUUUUCUCUGCUUUUACGGAUUCUCUGAAGUACAUUCUGAAGAGCCCUCGAGAGGUUGUGUUCGUGGCCGCUUAAUUUGCUUGAAUGACGCUACUGUCAAUGCUGCAGCAGGCUUUCUAGAUGCAGAAAUACUUUGUCAAGCCAAGAAAACCUUUAUUCAGUGCAUGACGAUGCCAAGGUGUCCAGAAGGUUACAAAGAAAGGUCUAAUUCUGAAAUUGUCGAGGAUAUGGAUAAGAUAUUAAGAACGAGGAGAUACCCUUGUCCUUAUACUAGAGAAGACGCUAUUGAAGAUAUAAAGCGCUUCAACUCUGUAGGAAGUAGGCCAACAGCUUGUUCUCUUAGUGUGAUCCUUUCAGGACUUCUGGUACUAGUCCUAAGAAGUCUAUAAAAUACAUUCUUCAGAAUACAGGAGAUAAAAAUAAACAAGGCAAGACUUUUGCAGACUUCGAGAGCUAAGACAUUGGUCUUUGUUCAAUAUCACGUGACUUUGGUUGUGUAAACAAUGUCCACUGUGCUUAAUACAAAUAUAGUCCUAUUAGAUCUUGGUUGAUGAUUUGUUGGUGAAUUGUGAAAUAGGCUACAGGUGGCAGAUAAAAAUGUAAUUUGAUUUUGUUUUUCCUGUAUUAAUCCUAUACUCUUAAGCGAGCAAUUCUUGUAUGUAUGUAUGUAUGUAUGUAUGUAUAUAUAUUUAUAUUUAUAUAUAUAUAUAUAAAUUUUAUUUCGAAAACGGCUCUAACGAUUUUCUUUAAAAGUUCACGGUAUGUGCAUAAUAGUGAGAAAAAAAUUCUCAACUCAUUGGCCACAUCGGGAAAACUCAAGGUCGACCGUUAUAUCGGUUUGAAAAUGGCUCAUUAUCGAAAAAUUUAUUUUGGCUAGAAUGUUUUAUGAAUGAAAUUUUCAAUAUGACGUCAAUGGGAAAAAAAACUUGACACCGCUUACGUCACUAGGCUCACAGCAGUACACUAAGACAUUUCUUCGCAAACAAGAAAAAGUUUUAAUGAUUCAAUUGGCGUAAUUAAACAUUUGCGCACCAUCUUAAUUUACAUUGAUCCAUUAUGAAACUAUGGAAUAAAAAUAAUGAAAUAUCUUUAUGUAUGAUUAGUUAUUGUGUUUUAAAGGCUUUAUAAAUUGUUUACACUUGAAUUGCGUACACCCGUAGGUAGCUUUUACUUUGUUAUCAUUUUGCUGGUGAAUUAUUGCAAUGUGUUUAAGCUUCGAAGUCUGCUGUCCAAUACCAAAACGUAGGAAAUGGUCAUAACACAGCUUAUCUAUGCCUUACUUGCACAAUCAGGGCCGGCCCUAACAUUUGCGGGGCCUUAUGUGAAAAAAAUGAGGAUUGCGCGUGGACCAGUAAGGGUAAUGAUAAGGAUAAUAAGUGAAAAUAAAGAUUUUGUAUUAGAAAAUAAAUCGUAUUUGUAUUACAUUUUUAUUAAAUGAAAGCUGACGAUGCCGUUUUUUUAUAUCACGCGUAGGACUGGCGUUUACCAUAUUGAUUGACACCCCAAAGUGACAAUUUUGUCUUUUUAAGGACAUUUUUAUGAGUUUCAGGAGAUUUCCAGGAGCUUCUUGAAAACAAGGAGACCACGGGAACCCUAUAAUAAAUUAUAAUGGUUUAAUUUAAUAAUGUACACCUAGAAUUAGCGCGGGGCUUUUGAACCUUCGGGGUCCACCACUGUGACAGCAUAGGCCUAGGGCUGGCCCUGAUGAUAUCCAGCUCGCGGUCAACGAAUUUUCAUCACGCUGCUGCCUUUUUUUUUAUUUGUUAACCUAUAAACCUCGGUAAAACAGAAGUCAUGUUCCAAAAGUCACCCAAUAAAACCUAGUCAGCCCAAAGAUCACUGCCAUAGACAUCCCUUAAAGUGGUAGAUAACUUCACAUUAUCUGGGAAGCAUAGUAUCAAAUGACGCAUUGCUUUAAAGAGAGUUUGAUAUGUGGAUAGUCGUGCUUUUGGAUGCCUCCAAGCGAGAGUGUGGCGAAAUAAAUCGCUCGCCUGUCUACAAAAAUCAGUGUCAACCAGUAUUCUCUCAACCCAUCUAUGUGGAUCUGAGACAUGAGUACUUUAUAGAAAGCAACUAAGACUUCUUGAAUGACUUCAUGAAAGGCCACAAUACAAACAGCGAUAUUCUUGCAAAAUGGUAUGAAAUUCGAGUCCGAAGAUAAGUGGGGAGUGCAGCCUCAACUGUGACCUACAUAUUUUGCCACAUCCAGGGCAAGCAUAACCAUUGUCCGCAGGUGGCCGAUUUAGAUUUUCUUUUCGCCGUCUGCGUUUGUUCUCGGCAGCAGAUUUUCUUUUUGUCUCAAAUGUGUAUCCCGCGGCCUUCGUGAGAGACCUCCAGCUGUCUCGUUCGGAGGCCGCAUACAACCAGGUGCUCUCUUCUAUGUCAGCCAAGAAAAGUUGACGACUAAGCUGGUCUUUGAAGAAUUUCCGUGGAGCGCUUCUGUCACGUCGACCACCUUUUAGCUCACAAAAAAAGACUGCCUUUGGCAUUCGUUCGUCUCCCAUACGGGAUACGUGCCCUACCCAGUGCAACUGUCGGACCAUAAGAAGUCCCUCUAUACUGUCCAUACCGGCGUUGGCAAGGACAUCGCUGUUUGUAGUGCGGUCCUGCCACCGUAUGUCCAUGAUGGAGCGCAAGCAUCUUUGGUGAAAGCACUCAAGAAGUCUUAGUUUUUUCUGUAAAGUGUCCAUGUCUCAGAGCCAUAAUGAAUAUACUAAUUGCUGUAUUAAAUGUCAUGAAGUAACCAUUUUAGAAGUUAUACUGCAAAGACUUUCUUACAAGCCUAUAAUAGCCCAAUAGUUCUACAUGAAAGAAGCAAUGUAAAACGUUAAGACGUGAGCUGUGGUUUUCUAUAGGCCUACUAUUGGGGGGGGGGGACUUUCUAUUCUAAUCGCCAUGUACAAUUACAUUGAGAACUGAAAGAACUAAAAAGCAACUCUUCGGAUUGAUAGUCUUUACCCGAUAGUUCAUUUUCGCAAUUACAAAAAUAUUCCCAAAAUAGCUUCGGGUAAAUAUCCUUCCUUAACAAAUUAUUCAUCCGAGCGAGGCUCGGUCACCUGAUAUUAAGACAAUAAUAGUGCCUGUAAUAGUUUGAAUCUCUAAACAUCUCAUGAAAUGUUCACUGAUAUUUCAGUUUUUAAAUUUGUUGUUUUUUUAAGCAUUGAUCCGAACGUACGGGAUAAUAAUGUUAACACUUAUAUAUAUAUAUUAAAAUAUUAGUUAAAGAAUUCUAAUGGUCUGCUAGGUACACACUAUAAAGUUACAAAAAAUUUUUUUUUUAAUUUCUCUAAUAUAUCAUUCUACAAUAAAUUCAAUAUAACAGUAAAUCAAAAUCAAUCAAAAGGCUCUACAAUUAUUUUUUUCCACAUCGGUUCUCAGCCUUUUCGUUACUUUGACCUACACUCUGUCACAUUUCAAUAACAAUGUUUAUAAUUUAUUGGAGACACACAAUUGAACAAUUCAACAACCAUGUACGUGAUAGUAAAUGUAAUUGUAAUGUGUGACCCGUUAUGUCGCUGUAACCUAUUAAACAUAUCCCUAACAUGUCGUAUGAACACGCUAGUUGAGAGAAAGGGGGAAUAAUAAAGUAUGAUAGGCAUAUAUUAGUGACCAGUUAGACACAAAAUACAUUGUUAUUUGUGUAUAUUUAUCUACUAAUACAAUGUACUAUAUGUAAAUGUGUAAAUAAAAAACAACAUAUCAUU